AUGAGGAUGUUUUUUUUGUGGCGGAACUCCCACAAUUCACAACCUGGAUACUUCUCUUCUUCUGAGACUUGGGAUUCUAUUCAUCCUUCUCCUCCGACCAUACCUUGGACGCAGUCAGUUUGGUUCAAGGAUCGAAUUCCUAAACAUGCCUUCAUCCUCUGGCUAGCUAUGCGGGAUCGACUAAGCACAAGAGAUCGCUUGAGAUCAUGGGGCCUCAAUGUUCCUACUAAUUGCCUUCUCUGUAAUGCAGUCCCUGAAACUAGGAACCACUUGCUUGUUGAAUGUGCUUAUUCCACUGAAGUUUGGGCUAGCUUCUUUGCACAUUCAGAUUUCACUCUGCCCUCCUCGAUUGACGAAAGAGUUCUCUGGUGUGAGGCACCUACUGCAAAUGGAAAGGUAAACUCCAUCUGUAAGCUUUUGGUUCAAGCGAUUGUCUACAUGGUCUGGAGAGAAAGAAAUUCAAGACUUCAUUCCUCGGUUCUUAAGCCGUCGCAUGUUUUGAUUAGAGAGAUUCAACUCAUCCUCAGAGCUAAACUUUUCAGCUUGGAUAGAGCUCCCAAUUAUUUGGCAUCCUCGAGUUCUUCCACAAACCACUGCUCCUUCCUCCAUAAUUGGUUCCAAUACUUCCAAAUCUAA